GAAAGCUUGCUCUCAGUAAUCAGAAUCAGAGAAGAAAAAGAAAAAAGAUGGAAUCUAGAAACGUCGACUGGUCCGAGAUGUGUUCCGAUGCCUUGCAAUUGAUUCUUGAAAGCUUGAGCUUUCCUGACUUCCAUCGAGCAAGAACCGUUUGUUCAAGCUGGUACUCUGUUUCUAAAUCAUGCGUUGCGGGAUCAAGAAACAGAUAUCCGUGGCUGAUCCUUUUCCCGGAAAAGUCUUCUGUCUCAGGAUCUUGUACACUGUUUGAUCCUGUUGAGGACAAGACCUACAAGACAAGAGAUCUCGGAAACGAGUUUUCCGAGUGUCGUUGCCUUGCAAGUUACGGUAACUGGUUACUAAUGUUGACUCCUCGUAUCGAUUUCUACGUCUUAAAUGUGUUUACUGGCGAGAGAAUCAAUCUUCCAUCUCUAUCACUCCAAGGAGGUAAAGUGAGAUUCCGAAGAAAAGACGAUGGCGGAGUCUUCCUAGAACACUCUCCUAAGGAUCGUGAGACUAUCAUCAACAGGGUUUGUUAUCUAGCCGCCACCGCUUCCAUGGCUCACAAUGGCACAAUAUCACCGACGACCAGAGAAGCCAUCACAACAAACUCGCUUAACAUCGAUAUUGCCAUUGUAUCUAAAGUCACUUCAAUAAAAAAGAUGGAACCUAGAGACGCCGACUGGUCAGAGAUGUGUUCCGAUGCCAUGAAAUUGAUUCUUGAAAGCUUGAGCUUUCCCGACUUCCAUCGAGCAAGAACCGUUUGUUCAAGCUGGUACUCUGUUUCUAAAUCAUGCGUUGCGGGAUCAAGAAGCAGGUAUCCAUGGCUGAUCCUUUUCCCAAACUUUUCGGGAUCUUGUACACUGUUCGAUCCUGUUGAAAACAAGACCUACAAGACAAGAAAUCCCGGAAAAAGUCGUUGCCUUGCAAGUUACGGUAACUGGUUACUAAUGUUGACUCCUCGUCUCGAUUUCUUCGUCUUAAAUGUGUUUACUUGCGAGAGAAUCAGUCUUCCAUCUCUUUCACUCCAAGGAGGUAAAGUGAGAUUCCAAAGAAAAGACGAUGGCGGAGUACUCUUCCUCGAACACUCUCCUAAGGAUCGUGAGACAAUCAUGAACUGGUAUAUCAUGAAAGCUGUUUUAUGGAUUGAUGAGAAAACGAAAGAUUUUGUGUACAUUAAGAUUCUUGAUUUCUCUGAUGAUUUCCCGAAAGAGAUAGUCGAAGAAAAUCCGUAUCUGAAUCAUCGGGUUUACUACACUCCAGAACAUAGUAGGGAAUCUUGGAGGGAGAGAGUCGCAAUCACAAGUUCAGGAGAUGUUCUGAUCAUUGUGAGCAUAAGAAAAACGUUAAUAGAGAAUCAAGAGAAACCAUACUUCUUUAAGAUCUUUAAGAUGAAUGUUGAAGGAACCGAAUGGGAAAGAGUAGAUUCUUUAGGUGAUGAGAUGCUUGUUUUUGGUGAUGGCUUCAUCAAGGGCAAUUUGAUUUAUUUUGUUUCUGAUGAUUCUUGGGACCCUUUGAGUGAUCAACCCUUUCAAAGUAGUACCGGUGUUUAUGAUCUUUCUACAACCGAAAAACGCUGGUCUCGGUUCGCUUAUUGCUUGUCCAACAUUCGCUGGUUUGUUCCAGGAUCUGAUAAUAAAUGAUUUAACCUCGGAUUCCUUUCUAUUUUCUAGUAUUUUCGUCCCCUACUCUUUGAUGUUCUGUUCAUCCACAUUUGCAAAUUAAGCACAGUUUCAAGAAUCUAGUUGAUGACGACUAUUAGUAUUGUAUCUCAUCAAUCUUGUUGAAGAAUUCAAGAAUCUUUUCUUUUGCUCUGACUUCACCAAAUGUUGUACAUUGUAUUAUGUUCAUAAUGAAAUCACAUCUAAGGU